AUGACAUUAACUUUUAUUGGACAACAGAUCACUAUCUAUGGUGGUUUUUUUAUCCUUGUGGCUGGUAUUCUUGGCGAAUUAUUCACCAUUAUUGUAUUUCUGAGUUUGAAAACAUUCCGAGAGAAUACAUCUGCAUUCUAUCUAAGUAUAAUGUCUUUUGUCAAUAUUGGUCAAUUAGUUUUUGGUCUAUUUUCUCGUAUAAUGAUUUAUGGUUUUGCAAUUGAUUGGAAUUCAAUGUCGGUAGCUUUUUGUAAAGCUCGAUUAACUACUUUUCUAUUAUGUUCAUUGAUAUCAUACAUAUGUUUAUGUUUGGCAAUCAUUGAUCAAUAUUUAGUUACUUGUAAUCAUGUUCGUUGGCAACAAUGGAGCAAUAUCAAAACAGCUUAUUAUUUGAUAAUAAUAUUUGCUUUCAUUUGCUGUCUUUUUCUAGUUCCAUAUCCAAUAUUUUUACAACACGUAACAUCUCCUUCUACCGGCAAGGUUACAUGCACUGUUACAGAUCAAAAUAUGUCAAUAUAUAGAAAUUAUUUUAUUAGUCUAUUUUUAACAGGUUAUAUUCCUGACUUUAUUUCAGUAUUAAUCGGAAUCUUAGCUUAUCGUAAUAUACAACAAAUAGCUUAUCGCAUAGUCCCUAUUGUUCGUCGAGAGUUGGAUAUACAAUUAACAACUAUGGUUUUUAUUCAAGUACUUCUCAAUUUCUUGACUAAUGUACCAUGUGUUACCAUGAUUGCUAUUUUAUAUGCUACAACUAAUAUAAGUAAUGCAGCUAUCUUAGAAAUAUUACAAUUUAUUAGUACAAUAACAAUACUGAUUUUCUAUACAUAUUUUGGAAGCUCAUUUUACAUUUAUAUGUGCGUGUCAGAACGAUUUCGUCGACAAUUUGUUUAUGUAAUGACGAAAAUAUAUUUUAGAAGAUGGCGACAACAAUUAGCAGCCAAUAAUCAAGUUGCUCCUAGUUAG